UGAUCAUAACGCUUCAGCACCUUCCAGAGUCAUGGCAUAUAGGAUAUUGAGUCUAGCAACUGCAUAUGCAAAUUGUAUCCCUUGUACUACUCGAUUGUUGACUUACAUGGUCUCAGUCGUCGCCAUGUAUCGUACUUCAAGCGUUCACUUUCCUUGCUUCAUCUCACCUGUGUUCCCCGUAGACUACAUCCCAAUCACCAAUCACGCAGCUCAAGUAUCCAAUCGGGCAUGCUUCAUCAUUUGCAUUGUACCAUCACCUAAUCGCAUUGAUCACACACAGCACCACCAACAAGUGACGGUUACCACUGGUUCGGGCACACUGACACCAAUCACUCAGCUCAGCACACCCGCCAGGCGGGCAUCCGUCUCCCCCAUCUACCUUGCAGCCGAACUUCGCCACCGCCUCACCAACCAACUUCACCAGAUACAGCAUCUCCAUUCUUGGCUUUGCUCCUCGAGAACACGGAGCAUGCGGAAAGGCUUUGGAUUAGACGGCUCUGUUUCCAACGUAGCAUGUGCGGAAGAGUUGGAGAAGGAUCGUGAGGUCUGUGACACCAAUUCUUCGUCAUUUGGUCACUCUUCUCCAAUCACACCGUGCUUUUCAGCUAGUGCGAGAAUGUGGCAGCAUGUUGGAAAUCUUAUGCUUAUAUUGGCUGGCGCAGCUGAUGAUCAAGCUUGAGCAACUACCAUGGCGCUCCUGUUUUUUUCUCUGAUGUUGUCAUGCGCAUUCGACAUCUGCAUUAUAAUAUUCGUGGGCUUAUGAACGUGGUCU